UAUGUAAUGCCUGCCCUGUGAAAUUGUAUUUCGACUCAAUAUCCUUUGAGGACGACUCCUUCGUUGACAGCGUCUCUCUUUUCUUCCGACGGAUACGUUCCUUUUACCCUGACUUCCACCCUCUUUUCGUCCUUUUCAUGUCGCAUGCCCGCAAACUGCACUUUACAGAUUUUUUACGGAGUCAUGGUGCCAGCCACACCAGCCAGCGACGUACCUCGAACGAGCCGGUGACAUCUUCACUGGCGUACGAAGGAGAUCCCGUACUAGAACAUUCCAAUAAGAGCAAGAGUUCCCGUAUCCCAUUCCUAGGACGCGCCAGGAAGAAAUCUGCCCUAUCAGAUGGGCGUAGUACCUUUGAAUCUCGCAAUACUGAUGAUGGGCAGCGGCCAACGUCAUUGACAGAUGAGAUUAACCCUUUACCGUCGGAUUCAUCUGUAUCCCAUUCCCAUUCCCAUGCUUCAACCAGUGCAUCUGAUGCCCCUUCGCUAUUGGGCUCAAAAAUUGCGGUUCGCAUUGCACAUUCUAUCCCGAAAUCCCCGACCAAGCCUACACGUUUAUCCUCACAUACUACUUCAGUCAAUGGAUACACCUCUGACUCGCUGCUAUCUCCAAUAUCUAGUACUCGCUCCACAUCCAUCGAUACUACAAUUUCUGAAGCCAGUCACAAGCGCCGUUCGGCGAUGCCGAGACCCAAGCAGCCUACAAUAACCGUGUCUCUAACUCCCGACAAUCUUAGCGAAUACGGCGAUCUUUUUACUCAACCCCGUAAAAGAAUCUCCCCUACCAACCAACAGCCUUCGACGCAUGAAGAUCGAGCGUAUCAAAGUGAUACUCAAAUCAAGUCCCCUCCACGGCUAUCUUCGCCACAAAUCCCUCCAUUACCGAAAUCCCCACCGGCAAAGCUGCGUGACACCCGCAGUUACACCGAUGAUGCCGUAUCUUUGAAAUCAACGCGGAGUACGCGUAGAUAUCGCGUCGAAGACGGUUCCAGACAUUCAGGAGAGGAAUCAGAGAUGCUCUCCACACUUUCUAUGCCGGCAUUGCCCGGUCAUCGUACUUCACUUGAGACGCGUCGAAUGCUAGGAUCUAUGCCGUACUCUUCUCAGGAACAACGGCCGUCCCACCUAGCCAAGGGAGCAUCUCCUCAUGAGCCUCCGACCAUUCCCCUUCCUGAACUCCCCCCUCUCAGCCCUCUCCCUGAUGUCCCCCCUCCGACAAUCUCAGCAGGCCCGAAAAGCAUAGCCAAUGGUCGGCGUAGAGCCCAUACCCUGUCCUCAAUUUCUUUGCCACCAAUACCAUGCCCUCCGUCCUCCGUGCCAUUAUCUCCUCGCGAGUCCCCCGACAGAAGAAUGGAUGACGAGAGAUCCAACAAAGAGAACGAUGAUCUUGACAUCGACUCUGCGCCAGUGGAACAAUUACGACAGGCUUUAAAAGACCGGUCUCAACAAGUAGAUCAAUUGCUGAAAGCCGCUAAAGCGCAUCUUUCGGAGAAGACUGACCUUGAACAGAAGAUUGCCCUCUUGGAGAAAGAAGCCGCUCGGCGAGAAAAGGAGAUACAAGGACUCACCUGGCUGGUGAACAAUCGGGGUGCUGCAGUUGGGGAAAGUCCGAUGAUUCUGGCUCCUUCUAAAUCCACAAGUGCACUGCAAACAGAGAAGAGCACUUUCAGUCCCUCUUCGCCAUCUGCAUCAAAAAAUCCCGCGUACCGAUAUCUUAACGCCGACUAUGACUCGGGAGCAGAAUCUCAUCAGACGUCUGGUGGCGAGUCAACAACUGCAGUGCGAACCCCGCGACCCAAACGUUACAGUAAGGUACCAGCGAAACCGACACUUUCACAACGUUCAUCUCUACGUAACGGCAGUACAGCAGGCUCCGACGCAUCCAUUCCUUCCGUCCCUGCUUUGGAUAAGCGAGCAUCAGUCUCUUCCGUCGCUUUCUCGGCGACAUCAACGUCGUCGACAUCGUCCUUGAUACCGCCGAGUCCAUCCACGUCAACACUGUCAGUCAUCCCCGAGGGUGUCCCAGUACCACACAGGCAGGCAUCAGCGCCGUCAUCAUCCUCUCGCGAUCCGGCAAUUAUGGCCGCUAUCAUUCGGAGUCGCGAAAAGGAGCAGAAGCGCACGUCAAAACUGCCUGCAUCGAUGCCAUCGGCAUCUGCUCCUACCCCCGCUGCUGCGUACGCAGCUAACUUGAAGCAAGGCCCGUCUAUUGCUCAGGUGCUGGCUCAUCCGUCAAGUUAACUAAGGAUACCAUUUCGAUUUAUGCAUACGGCCGGCAAUGCUUUUGUCAAGGAUGCCAAUGCGCAUGCUGUACAUAUAUUUUCGGUUGCAUGGGCGUGCCAAAAGUAGAUGUUCUUUCUUGCUGGCAAACCCAGGCAUUCUCCGUACUGAGUACCGAGCCCAUUUGGAUGAUUAACCAUAUCAUUAUUUCAUUCCUUUGCUUCCUCUUUAGACUGCAUUUACAAUAAUUUAUCAGC